CUCACGUGACAAGCAUGUGUACUUGCACCCCCAUUCCGGUUCCAUGAAGUCUCAAAGGCCAAACCCUAGUGAUUUAUUAAGUUGAACUCGAAAAACCCUAAAGUAGAGCCUCAAAGAAAUUUUCCAUUAUUUUCUCUGCGAAUCAAUCACACACGAUUUUUUAUGGCGGGAGGGAAGAUGAAGAAAGAGAAGCAAAAGGGCCCGAGAGCACCCUCCAACCACUACCAAGGUGGUGUUGCUUUCCACAAGUCCAAAGGCCAGCACAUCCUCAAGAACCCUCUGUUGGUCGACGCUAUUGUCCAAAAAGCCGGCAUCAAGAGCACCGAUGUCAUCCUCGAAAUAGGUCCCGGUACUGGAAACCUCACCAAGAAGCUUCUCGAAGCCGGAAAAAUGGUCAUCGCCGUCGAACUCGAUCCUCGAAUGGUCCUCGAGCUUCAACGCCGCUUUCAAGGCACCCCUUUCUCUCAUCGCUUAAAGGUUAUUCAAGGCGAUGUGCUGAAGACGGAUUUACCCUAUUUUGAUAUAUGCGUGGCAAAUAUUCCAUAUCAAAUAUCUUCUCCUCUUACAUUCAAGCUACUGUUUCAUCAGCCUGCUUUUAGGUGUGCUAUUAUUAUGUUCCAGAGAGAAUUCGCUAUGCGUUUGGUUGCUCAGCCGGGUGAUAAUCUUUACUGUCGACUUUCUGUGAAUACCCAAUUUUAUGCUCGAGUUUCUCAUCUCCUCAAAGUUGGGAAGAACAAUUUCCGGCCUCCACCUAAGGUUGAUUCUUCUGUUGUAAGAAUUGAGCCAAGGAAACCGCGGCCGGAAGUGAAUCAUAAGGAAUGGGAUGGGUUUAUAAGGAUUUGUUUCAUUCGAAAGAAUAAAACACUUGGUUCCAUUUUCAAGCAGAAAAAUGUACUGUCUCUUUUGGAGAAAAACUAUAAGACUUUGCAGGCACUGCAGGGCUCGCAAAAUGUUCCGUUGGGUGGGAAUGAUGAUUUUGAUGUUGCAAGACUUGGGGAUCAGAGCAUGGAAUUGGAUGAUGGAAUUGAUGAUGAGAUGGACGUGGAGUGUGAUGAAGCAGAAGGAGAUGUGUCUGAGUUUAAAAAUAAGGUGUUAAGUGUGCUGAAGGAAGGAAAUUUUGAAGAACAGAGGGCGUCCAAGCUUACACAAGAAAGUUUUUUAACUCUACUGUCUAUGUUCAACAAGGCCGGCAUACACUUCUCUUGAGAUGACAGUACUUUUUUUGUUCUUUUGAUCUGUCUUCCUUCCUUAGGUAAUAGGAAUAUCCAAUUUUGUUUGGCUUGUUUCUUUAUCAACUAAACUUAAUUAAGAGAUCAUCAUUGAAAGCUUUUUAUGCCAAGAAUUUUUUGUUUUU